AUGUCGGGCAUCGAAAUUAUCGGUGUCGUUCUAGGCGCUUUCCCCAUCGCCGUCAUGGCACUUGAGAACUACAGCAAGCUUGCCACCAGCGUGAAUCUCUUUUAUUCUAUCAGAAGCGAACACAAAAGAUGCUUAGAUGACUUGACAUAUCAUCAAAUCUUAUUCAAAAUACAUCUACGCCGUCUGUUACUCCCCCUCGCGGUAGACGAUGAUAAGAUCGAUGAACUUCUCGAUAACCCUGGGGGAACAAGUUGGAAAGAAAAGUCAAUUGACGACGUACUCAAGAGACGCAUGAAGGAUGCAUAUCUGCCGUACUUUGGAUACGUCAAAGAGAUGGCGAGGGUCAUGAACGACCUGAACCAACGCCUGGCGCUGGACUCUGAAGCAGUGCAGAACAAUCUCAGUAACCAGAAGGCGUUGAAAGGUAUCGAGAGGCUUCGAUUCGAAGCCAGCCCGGAACGGAUAGCUUUUCAGCGCUUCAGAAUCAAGUUUAGCAAUGGAGAAUCAGACCGCAAGCGUCUUCUGAGCGAGUUCGAGAAUUACAACGGGAAGCUAAAGGCACUGCUGGAUUCUAGUGAUGAAGACGCCAGACUAACACAGCAGAGAGAGCUCAUGUUUCACAAUUCAGCAACUGACCUUGCAGUUUGCAAUUUCUGGAAACAAGCUGCGAAGCUAUUCAGAGCCUUGACCUCGGCGUGUUACUGUAGGUGUCAGCCUAUGCACGGCGUAGAACUGAUGCUGCAGGACCGGAUAACCGAAAAGAGCGAAUUUCAUAUUACCUUUACGACUUAUAAAUUGUCUCUAUGGGAGAUUUAUAAGACGAAGAUAACCGAGAGAGACGAAACAGUUACUGCAGAGCUGAAGAAAGCUGUUCAGAUACUUGAGGGUGUAUCCAUCCAGCAACCGAACCACCGGCAACUAACGCCCACGAAAUCUUCUUUAAGGUCUAAAGGAACUUCUACAUACCUGCAAGUGGCAGACCAGGAGAUAUCUGUUCUCUGCUCAGCUAUCCGGAAUGUAGAAGGGGCUUGCUGUGGAUAUCUUAGAGAAAAUGACUGCCGAUUCUAUGUCUAUACCCUAUCUCGGGAGAAUACAGCAGUCUCCCCUCCAUACAUAACGCUCUGUCAGAUCCUACAGGGCGAGUUCCAACCGCCACCAACUCGAUCACAGCGGUACACAAUUGCAUUGGUCAUAGCUUCAUCCUUUCUGCAGCUGUUAGAAUCCCAAUGGCUCCCUGAUACACUCAAGAAGACGGAAAUCUUCUUUAGGAGUGACCCUAGUAACUCGACUCGCUUCUGCCUAGAUCAGCCAUACAUACGUCGACAAUUCAACAACUCGAACGAGAAGACGAUACCAUAUUUGGACCCAGGAGCCACCGAAUUAGCGGAUGGCUUGGACCAGCUCGGCAUCAUACUCUUGGAGCUUUGCUUCGGAAAAGUACUCGAACAGCAGCCUUGUAGAAAGAAGUGGCCCGAUGGGAGAGAUGCGAGGGAGGUAGCCGGUUUUAACCUGCUGGCAGCACGAGACUGGCAGUGCCAGGUACCCGAGGAGGCUGGUCCUGACUAUGCCGAAGCAGUUGGAUGGUGUUUGGAUAAGGGUAAAUCCAGACCUCCAGAACGGUGGAGGAAGGAUAUGCUACAAAGUGUUAUCCAUCCACUACAGCGAUGCCGAGAAUACUUAGCAGGAAGCUGACCUAAUAAACAGAUUGACAGUGAGAUAGCUAAACUGAAUUUCUUCCUGG